ACAUAAAAGGUUCUUUUCACGAACUGCAAAACAACAUGGCAAUGCUAAGAGCUUUUUCCAGCAAAUGUUUUGCUUUUCCCAGGUCAAAUCUUGGUGUUUUAAGCAAGUGUGCGUAUUCUAACGGUGCUGACUUGUUGAUAAAUGAACCAGAGUUUGCUUGGUUGAAAGAAUUGGGCCUGAAAGCCGAGAAUGACGGAGUGUACAACGGUUCUUGGAAAGGCAGUGGGGAGGUGGUGACAUCCUAUUCCCCUAUCAAUGGCAGACCCAUUGCUCGCGUCACACAGGGAAGUAUUUCUGACUACAAGGAAAGUGUAUCAUUGGCGAAAGAAGCUUGGAAAACCUGGGCUGCAGUCCCAGGUCCUCACCGUGGAGAAAUUGUCCGUCAGAUUGGUGAGGAGCUUCGAGCCCACAAGGAGAACCUUGGAAAACUGCUUUCUUUAGAAAAUGGGAAAAUCUAUGUGGAAGGUUUGGGAGAAGUCCAGGAGUACAUAGAUGUUUGCGACUAUGCAGUUGGCUUGUCCAGAAUGUUUGGUGGACGUGUCUUUCCGUCUGAACGUCCUGGUCAUGUUUUGAUGGAGCAAUGGAAUCCUGUAGGAUUGGUUGGGGUCAUAACAGCCUUCAAUUUCCCAGUUGCUGUCAGUGGCUGGAACCACGCUAUUAGUUUGGUCUGUGGAAAUGUCAAUCUAUGGAAAGGAGCCCCUACAACGCCUCUUGUUAGCGUCGCCAUGACGAACAUCGUCAGCAAGGUCAUCACCCAAAACGAUCUACCAGGUUCCAUCUGCUCUCUGGUACAGGGUGGUGCGGAUAUCGGCCAAGCGAUGGCAGCUGACAAAAAUCUUGAUCUUCUGUCAUUUACUGGAAGCACUCCGGUUGGACUGCAAGUUGGUCUUGAAGUCAAAAAGAGAUUUGGGAGAGAUCUUCUUGAGCUGGGUGGAAACAACGGGAUCAUAGUAAUGGACGAUGCUGAUCUGGAGUUGGUUGUGCCCGCUGUUGUUUUCGCUUGUAUUGGAACAGCUGGUCAGAGGUGUACCACCACGAGACGGCUGAUACUUCAUGAAAAGAUUUACGACGAGGUUCUAGAGAGAAUAUCCAAUGCUUACAAACAAGUUAAAAUUGGAGAUCCUCUUGACCAAAGCGUCUUAUGUGGUCCCGUCCAUACGGAAAAUACAGUUGAUAUGUUUAAAGCAACGUUGGAAGACGUGAAAGGAAGUGGGGGAAAGAUAAAAGUCGGUGGAAAUGUGUUGGAUAGGCCUGGUUACUAUGUUGAGCCCACGAUUGUCACGGACUUAGCUCACGAUUCCGACAUAGUCCUGCGAGAAACUUUCGCGCCAAUCCUCUACGUCCUCAAAUGCAAGAACCUGGAGGAAGCUGUCCAGUGGAAUAACGAGGUAGAUCAGGGGCUCACAAGCAGCGUGUUUACUAAAGAUAUUGGCAAGAUCUUCCAUUGGCUAGGGCCGUUUGGUUCCGAUUGUGGCAUCGUUAACGUAAACAUCCCGACGAAUGGCGCCGAAAUUGGUGGAGCUUUUGGUGGCGAAAAACACACUGGCGGAGGAAGGGAGUCUGGGAGCGAUGCUUGGAAACAUUACAUGAGGAGAUCAACUUGUACCAUCAACUACAGCGAUGAUCUGCCAUUGGCCCAGGGGAUUGAGUUCUAAUCUUCAUCUGAUUACGUCAUAAGCCGGAACAGUGAGUAACUGUUGUGUGUGCCUGUGUUUGACCAGUGUCACGAUAUACAAAUGUGAAUUAAUCUUGCUACUUCUUAAGAUAAAUUCACACACAAUAAUAGAAUAUAUGUAGAAUGCAGCGUAGCGGCAAUAAUAUUUAUUAAAGCCUUGGUA